UCCAUGGGCACGCAGCUCGCCAAUUGCCAGCCCUUCGAAUCAAUCUGAGGAGAAAGCGCUUUGAUCCCGUCCCGGCGACCACGCACGCGGCCGAAUCGAUGGCUUCCCCGGCGAUGGUCACGCUCAUCAGUUCGGACGACGCGCGGUUCGAGGUGACGGAGGCGGCGGCCACCAUGUCGCAGACCAUCCGCCACAUGAUCGAGGACGGCUGCACCGACGGCGGCAUCCCGCUCCCCAACGUCCCCGCCAGGACCCUCGCCAAGGUGCUCGAGUACUGCAACAAGCACGCCGCCGCCACCGCCGCCGAGUCUUCUGCUGCUGGCGGCGCCGCCGCUGGCUCGGACUCCGGGAGCUCCUCGAGCGCCGACUCGGCGGGCAAGGAUGAUGGCGUCGAUCUGGCGAGCUUCGACAAGGCGUUCAUCGAGGUCGACACGGACACGCUGUACGACCUCCUGCUGGCCGCCAACUACCUCGACGUCAAGACGCUGCUGGACCUCUGCUGCCAGAAGGUCGCCGACAUGAUCAGGGGCAAGACGCCGGAGCAGAUCAGGCAGACGUUCGGGAUCAAGAACGACUUCUCGCCCGAGGAGGAGGAGAAGAUCCGCAAGGAGAACCAGUGGGCCUUCGAGUAGUAUGUAGAGGCCGCCGGGCCCGGCCGCCGCCAUGGAUCAAAGAUCUCGAUCGACCUGUCGGGCGCCCUUUGCCGUGCUGUGGGGUUUAGUGGAUCGCUUAGUUUCAUCUCAGGAAGACGCUCAUCAAUUUUUGUUAGAUCAUUGGCUGCUACUUUGAUAUUAUUACUAGGUAAAGCUGUUUAGAA